GCCGCCGUCCCAUCGCUGCUUCCGAGCGGCCGCCGCGGCACACGGCCCGCCCGCCCGGCCCGCUCGCCGCCCGUCGGUGUCUGCAGCUGUUGUGUUUAGAAGAAGUGCCUUAAUUAACCUUCUGGACACUCACAUUGAAGUGCAAGCGUAGCCUGUAAGGAAAAGAAGUCUCUCUGAAAAUGGCGGAAGCUCACCAGGCAGUAGCUUUUCAAUUCACAGUAACUCCCGAUGGGAUUGACCUGCGCAUGAGCCAUGAGGCUCUCAAACAGAUUUACCUGUCUGGUGUCUAUUCAUGGAAGAAGAAGUUCAUCAGAUUCAAGAAYGGAAUUAUCACCGGCGUUUAUCCUGCCAGCCCAUCUAGCUGGCUUAUUGUAGUUGUGGGUGUGAUGUCAACAAUGUAUGCCAAAAUCGAUCCUUCCUUAGGAAUAAUCGCUAAAAUCAACAGAACACUUGAUACAACUGGCUACAUGUCAAACCAAACACAGAACAUCGUGAGUGGAGUACUUUUUGGCACAGGGCUUUGGGUUGCCCUUAUCGUCACAAUGCGCUAUUCCCUGAAAAUGCUGCUCUCCUACCACGGCUGGAUGUUCUCUGAGCACGGCAAGAUUACUGCUGGCACUAAGCUGUGGAUGGCCCUUGUAAAACUCUUCUCAGGACGUAAACCCAUGUUAUACAGUUUCCAGACAUCUUUACCACGAUUGCCAGUUCCAGCUGUUAAAGAUACAGUUAACAGGUACCUGGAGUCAGUUCGGCCACUAAUGGAUGAUGAAAAGUUCAAAAGGAUGGAGGGUCUUGCCAAAGAUUUUGCAUUUAAUUUGGGACCAAGGCUUCAGUGGUAUUUGAAGCUAAAAUCCUGGUGGGCCACCAAUUAUGUUAGUGAUUGGUGGGAAGAAUAUAUCUACCUUAGAGGACGUGGACCAAUUAUGGUUAAUAGUAACUAUUUUGCAAUGGACUUCCUUUCUUUACAACCCACAACCCUGCAGGCAGCUAGAGCUGGUAAUGUAAUCCAUGCYGUCCUGCUCUAUCGAAAAAAACUGGACAGACAAGAAAUCAAGCCAAUUCUUCUGUUGGGAUCUACUGUUCCACUCUGUUCAGCUCAGUGGGAAAGGAUGUUUAACACUUCCCGGAUCCCAGGAGAGGAAUCAGACACCCUCCAGCACGUGAAGGACAGCAAACACAUCGUGGUCUAUCACAAGGGCCGGUACUUCAAAGUGUGGCUGUACCAUGAUGGCAGAUUGUUGAGACCCCGAGAAAUUGAGCAGCAGAUACAGAGAAUUCUGGAUGACGAUUCAGAACCUCAGCCUGGUGAGGAGAAACUUGCAGCUCUUACUGCAGGAGACAGAGUACCAUGGGCUAGGGCUCGUCAGGCGUAUUUUAGCCGUGGAAAGAACAAACAGUCCCUAGAUGCUGUUGAAAAAGCAGCAUUUUUUGUGACAUUGGAUGACAUCGAGCAAGGCUACAGGAAAGAAGAUCCAGUGACGUCACURGAUGCAUAUGCAAAAUCAUUAAUACAUGGCAGAUGCUACGACAGGUGGUUCGAUAAGACGUUCACUCUUGUAAUAUUCAAAAAUGGCAAAAUGGGUCUGAACGCAGAGCACUCGUGGGCAGAUGCCCCUAUUGUUGGACACCUGUGGGAGAAUGUGAUGGCAACGGAGUAUCUUGAGCUGGGCUAUUCAGUGGAUGGACACUGCAAAGGAGAGACCAAUCCAAAUAUUCCUAUUCCUACCAAACUGCAGUGGGACAUUCCAGAAGAAUGCCAAGAAGUGAUUGAGAAGUCUCUGAGCACUGCCAUAGCUCUAGCAGACGAUGUGGACUUCCAUUCAUUUUAUUUUGAUACUUUUGGGAAAGGACUAAUAAARAAAGCAAAAACCAGCCCUGAUGCCUUUGUGCAACUUGCCCUGCAGCUCGCUCACUAUCGGGACAUGGGAAAAUUUUCCUUAACWUAUGAAGCGUCGAUGACGCGCCUGUUCCGAGAAGGCCGGACGGAAACGGUUCGUUCRUGCACGGUUGAGUCCUGUCGCUUUGUUCAAGCCAUGGCAGACCCAGCUGAAAGUAGUGAAAACAAGCUGAAGUUCUUUCGGCAGGCAGCUGCCAAACACCAGCUCUUGUAUCGCCUUGCCAUGACUGGGGCUGGCAUCGACCGACACCUCUUCUGCCUUUAUGUUGUGUCCAAGUACCUCGCUGUAGAUUCUCCUUUCCUCAAGGAAGUUUUGUCAGAACCUUGGAGGCUGUCAACGAGUCAGACACCGCAGCAACUCAUUGAUCUGAAGAAGAACCCUGAGAUGUUAGCCUCUGGUGGAGGGUUUGGACCGGUGGCUGAUGAUGGUUAUGGUGUUUCUUACAUUAUCUUGGGUGAAAAUUCCAUCCACUUCCACGUCUCCAGCAAAGUAUCUUGUUCUGAGACGGAUUCUCAUCGCUUUGGAAAGAACAUCCAGAAAGCAAUGGUUGACAUCAUGGGUUUAUUUAACCCCACUAAAAACUGCACAAAGUGACCUGAUUUYUUGGUGCCAAGAAACCUCCUGGUGAUGGGGUGAGAGCUCUUCUGCACAGUGAACAAGAGCAAGGUUUGUCAAASAGUAGCUGGAGAAGAAACUGAGUCAACACCUUCUUGAUCACCUAUUAAAACCUUAGCAGUACAUUAAAUGCAUCUUUUUUGUUGUGGUUUUUGUUUUGUUUUGUUUUUUAUUUUUUUGGUCAGUAGUGUGGAAGAGCUUAUUUCAACAAAGGAUGACCUUUAAAAUCUUGUAUGUUUCUAGGGAAGAAGCAUAGUAUCAUUGCAUGAGGUCAUGUAUAUUCUAACUUCUGCAGUUUUUCUCUUAAUUUAUAUACACUUGCUCUUUUUUUUUUUUUACUUUAAAUUAGUUUACUUGUUUCCAGAAUCAAAGGGAUAAAACACACCGAGCUAAAUACUAGAAAAAGUUCGAUUUGCUGUGUAUUAAUAGCAGAAUGUUCUUCAGUGUAUCUGCUGCUUUAUGUAAAUGAGUGACAAAACUUGUGGCUGCUUGCCUUGUCUGGUUUCUUUUUAGAGGUAAAUUCUGUAAAACAUACCAAAAAAAAAUCCCUGCUGUAACCCACCUUAACAUACUAAGCUGCCGAAAUUUUAUGCGUUUAAAAAAAAAAAAAAAAAAAAAAAAAAAAAAGAAAAAAGAAACCAAACCAUUGGAUAGUAAAAUGUGUCCCCUCCUUAGCAGGUAUAACAUUUUUCUUACUGCUUACGAGCACGUUUGUGACAUUGAUUUCAUUUCUGUAUCAAUAAACGGACCUGUGUGCUUGUUCAUGCAAGUGCCUUAGGAAAAUGAAGAUCCUUAACCCAGGAAAAGGGCAUGUGCUGGGAGUCAUUUCAGUGGUGAAGGAGGUGAUGUUGCAGUGCUGCAGAUCUGAUUUUCAGAGUGCAGCCUGGGGUGAGGUGGAUAAGCAGAUGUGAAUGUGUUGCCAAGUGGGGCAGUGGGUUUAACGCUCUGGUGAAAUGAUCCAGUCUCACACGGCGAAGGUCAGUCCUUACCAAGCACAGGACUAACCUCGUGUAAGGGUCACAGAUUUACAGACACCCAUGUGUUUGCUUUGGUGAAUGGAAUCAGUGGCCACUUGAGUUUCUGGGUCCUGGGAGACAUUAAUUGAGUUGGCUGCAGCGUGUUGGGAAUCCUGCUGAGCGAGGCUGCCGGUGCGGGCUGAUCAAUCGUGGUUUGAUCGAUCGUGGUUUGAUCGAUUGUGGUUUGAUCAAUCUGUUUUUGAUUGAUCGUGGUUUGAUCGAUUGUGGUUUGAUCAAUCUGUUUUUGAUUGAUCAUGGUUUGAUCAAUCAUGGUUUGAUCAAUUGUAGUUUGAUCAAUCGCAGUUUGAUCAAUCUCCUUUUGAUCGAUCGCAGUGCCACCAUUUUAAAAUUUUUAUUGUUUCAAAUAAGGUACCUACAUGAUGGUUACUGAUACAGUGAAUGAUGCUUCUGAGCUGUGCUGAGUUUAAAAGACCCUUGGGGUGGAUAUAAAGCUUCCCAUUAGACUUUGAAUGUUUUCUGGCCAGUAUUUCUUACUUUCUAUGCCUCUUCAUGUUUAUUUUUAGUGUGAUCUAGUUAUUAAAAUGCCUGUGUAUGUAUGUUUGAGGUGGGAACCUUCAAAAAUCUGAGCUGCACACUUAAGCCACUGCAUGCUUACAUAAAUGUACGAAUCCUCACAGGAAUGGAUCAAAGGCACUCGUGAUUUGAUUAGGGUACACAUGUGGGAAAGGGCACAUGGAAAUAAGCCUUACUGCAUCUGCCAGGCCUGGCACUUAUCAAGCUACUGCAACAAUUUUAUAGCAAUCUAUUUUUCCAGCUGCAGAAAAAAUGCACUGGGGUUUUUUGGGGUUUGUUUUUGGURUUGGGUUGUUUUUUUUAAUUGACCACUGACCAGUCUGUGUUUAAAUUAACAAAGGGCAUAUUAGCUUGUAGGAUUUUCUUUUAAGAAAGAGGUUUAGAUUUGACUCUCAGGUCUUUGGUGUUUCCAGUCUAAUUGUAGUUAGUGCAGUUAUCAAUGCAAUUUUACAUUCUUGGAGAGUAAGUGUAAUUGGCACAGAAAGCUGGUUUAUAUUGUAAAUGUUCAAAACAUUUUGUGGUGUUAAAUGUGUCUUUAAAAAUUUUGGAAUAGAUAUAAUACCUAAACAGAUAAUAUUUUAUUUCUUUUUCUUUAAAAUGUCAGCAGCAUGUAAAUAAAAUAUGCUUUUUGGAUGUAAAUCUUAGAAAUCCACAGUGAAUGUAGGUUAUUAAUAAAUAAUUUAAAUCUUGAUGUUCAAUAUUGUGUACAUACAGUAAAACUGCUUGGGUUUCUUUUGCUCAAAGCCAUAGGAAUGUAACUGAAAUGACCUAGAUUUGAAUGAACCUUCUAGUACAGUGUAUUUUAUUGUAAAGUAAAAUGUUCAUAUUCCAGUAAAACUGCUAAUUUGAUACUAAAACUUUGAAUCAUUAAUUCUUAAUUAGUGAUUUAGGAGAUUAGAUGUAGGGUUGAGGAGGUGGUUAAAAGUCAGGUGGGAUGAUAAUAAUUUUUUCUGUUUAUUAAAUAGGAGUGUGGAAUUGGUGGAAUAUACCUCGAAUGAGCAUAUUUUGAAUUUCUUAUUUCAGCUAUUUAAUGGCACAAAUUAGAAAAACAUUGUGUCCAUUUAUAGGGUACCAUUGUUCAGGAUUAAUACCAUUCCCAGCUGAAUAUUCUUUUGAGUCUUUUGAGAGACUAGGGAAGUGUGUGCCUGACCUUGAAAAUCAUAAUUCUAGUUCACCCUUUGUACCAAUUGUUUUCUCAUGUAAAGUAUAUUAAUUUAAGCUAGCGUAUUUUUUUUUUAUCUUGUUUAGUUACUUUAAAUCUAUUGUUGGUUAUUUAUAUCCAACACUUUGUCUCUAUUUUCUACUUUCUUCUGUGACUUUAAAAAAAUGAAAUAAAAUUUCACAAUUACCACUA